AUGACUUCCUAUUCUAUACAAGCCGAGUCCGCUCGGAUCCUGACCGACUGUCUUCUCGAUGGAAAGGAUAUUGAAUUCCCAAGUUCUUUUAGAGAGGCUGCAAAGAAGGUCAGAUUUAUUGGAGAUAGCCAACCUUUCAUUCCAACGCCUUUGAAAAUCACAGAAUCAAGUGCUGCGUUGAAUGCACUCGUAGCUAGCAUUGCUAGCACAAUCUCCAAGGAUCGUUAUGGAAUCGAUUACCAAGACAUAACGGUGAACACAGAUGUUGCAUCCCUAUUUUUAAUGUCACUCAUACUUCCGACUGUCAAUGGAAAGCCCACAAUGGAGAACCCCCAGAUUCAGGCAGAUUUGGCAAAGGGGGAUCCUCAUGACAUGGCCAAGCCCAUUCACCGCCAGGGUACCAACGUCUAUCAGACCAAGGACGGCCGCUGGUAUCAUCUACAUGGCUCUAUGAAUGCAACACAGACCAUGAAUAUGCUUGGGGUUGUAGAACAAGAUGUUACCCACGAAGAAGCAAGAAAAAUAUACAUGGAUAAGGUGGCUCAGUGGAAUUCAGAGGAAAUCGAACGAGUGGCCAACGAGCAGUAUAGACAGGCUGGCGUAACCUGCAACUUGCCUGAAGAAUUUUUCGCAUCCGAACAUGGUCAAUUCAUGGGCAAAGAGCCGCUAUACACUCUCAACAAAAGAGAUGCUCAAAGGAAGCCUUGGCCCCAAGUCAAGAGUACCUCCCGGCCGCUCGCCGGUAUUCGUGUUAUUGACUUUUCACGCGUCAUUGCUGCUCCAGUGAUCUCAAAGGUUCUAGCUUCCCUUGGAGCCGAGGUACUUAAAGUCACUUGGGAGAGGCUUCCUGAUGUCAGUGUUACCUGGGUAGAUCUCAGCACUGGAAAGCGCGACACAAAUAUAGACUUGAAGGGCAAGGAGGGCAAGGAGAAAUUUUCGAAGCUCGUUGAGUCUGCUGACGUUUUGAUUGAUGGCUAUCGCCCUGGGGUACUGAGUCAAUUGGGCUUUACCGCGGAUGCCCUUCGACAGAUAAAUCCCUCUUUAAUCUAUCUUCGCGAAAACUGUUACGGAUUCAAAGGGCCGCUGGCAUAUCGUUCAGGGUGGCAGCAGAUCAGUGACUGUCUCGUAGGCCUCGCCUGGAUGCAAGGAAAAUUUCUUGGGCUGAAUGAGCCAGUGGUUCCUCUCUUGCCGAACUCGGAUUAUCAGAUGGGUAUAGCCGGAGCAGCUGCUAUUGCUCACGCUUUAUUAGUCCGCACCCAAGAAGAUGUGACAUUCGACAUCGACAUCUCUUUGACACAGUACAACAUCUGGUAUUACCGUCUUGGUGAAUAUACUUCAGAGAUGCAGAAGGCCCUUCUUGCUCGCCACGAAGAUUUAAAUCUCCGACACUACGAUGAGAUGUCUGUCCUGGUCAUGAAAACUUAUGCUGCGAUACGGAAAGUGCGUCCAGACCUUUUUCAGCGCCCCGAAUACUUUCAACGGAUGAGCGGCAAAGAUUGGGGUCUACAAGAAGACAUUUCUAUCUUGGCCAGUCCAUUCACACUUGAAAAGUCUAUUGUGGGAUACGAUGUACCAUCUGGAAGUCGUGGGCGGUCGGCGCCGGAGUGGCUCCCUAGCUGCUAA